AUGGGGAACAACAAAAAGCAGCAGACCACUCACCCACAACCGUGGAAGACUCCGGCGGUAAAACCGGGAUCGGUAACCUGCCUGUUGAAGGAAUACGCCGACCGCGUUUCUGAUCACGGAGAUCCAAAUAUGGCGCCGACAGUGGCCCAUACGGACUCUCAACCACAAAGCCCUGCCACAUCAGAAAGCUCCACAGACUCCAAAGCCAUUGACAUCAGGGAGAUAUUGAAAAACCUGCCUUCCAAAUGCUGGGAAAACUAG